AUGGAUGUCUACAACCAAACUGCCAUCACAGAGUUCAUCCUCCUAGGGUUCUCUGACCUCCCGGAGAUGCGCUACAUUCUCUUUAUGGUUUUUGGUGCCAUCUAUCAAGUCACAUUGAUGGGAAAUGGGGCCAUUCUUCUUGCCAUUGGGACUGAAAAAAAACUCCGCACACCCAUGUAUUAUUUUUUGGCAAAUCUGUCCCUCUUAGAUAUUUUCUGCCCAUCAUCCACUGUUCCCAAGAUUCUUAAGAACCUUUUGUCUGAGAAGCGAAGCAUUUCUUUUGCUGGAUGUGCUUUGCAGCUAUUUUUCCUAGUGGGCCUGGUAGGAAGAGAAGUCUUCCUUCUCACUGUCAUGGCUUAUGACAGGUAUGUGGCCAUAUGUUUUCCUCUUCAUUACACUCUUAUCAUGACAAAAUGGCGCUGUGUCCACCUCACCGGUGGUACCUGGGCAGCAGGGUUUCUGAACUCCAUAGUGCACACGGUGUUCACGUUCCGCCUAUCUUUCUGUAAGUCUAAUCGAGUCAACCAGUAUUAUUGUGACAUCCCUCCAGUGGUGGCCCUCUCCUGCUCUUCCACAUAUGUGGCAGAAAUGCUUGUCUUAGUGUUAGCAUGUCUCUUAGGGAUCAGCACCUUCCUGACCACUGGUAUCUCUUAUAUCUACAUCAUGUCAACCAUCCUGAAGAUGCAGUCAGCUGAAGGAAAGCGCAAAGCCUUCUCCACAUGUGCUUCUCACCUCCUUGUGGUUUGUUUGUUCUAUGGCACAGUGAUACUUAACUAUGCCCGCCCCUCCUCCAGUCACCACUCCUCAGUCACAGACAGGCUUAUUUCAAUGAUGAAUGGGGUUAUUACCCCAAUGCUAAACCCUAUGAUCUACAGCUUGAGAAACACAGAGGUAAAAGGAGCACUCAGAAAUGUUUUAUGUCAUAGGACAUGUUUAUAG